AACCGGAAAUAGAAGGGGUCGCCGUGUGCCUGAAGGAAAUCCCACCCGGCUCGCUAGUCGUUGACAUUCGGAGAUGCUAACUAGUUAGCCCCCAAAAAAUAAACCUCGUCUAACGUGAUAUCGCGUGUGUUUUGUCAACGUCGAAGAAAAACACGUGCCUUCGCCAGCUUUAACCCAUUAGCUGCACUGGAAGUGAAGCACGGACCGUCAUCAGCCCUUCUCAAUGAGGUACAGAGGAGUGCAGAUCUGUCGCUGGACUCACGGCUCGUGCUGCCUUUACCGCCUCGCCCUGCCUGGCAGAAUUCAUCUAGUCCGCACCUACAGUGCUCACCAUCAGACCGGCCCCCCACUGCCCGCUAACCCUGCACCUCCCGAUGGGAAGGGCGGAGCCGAGGAGGCGAAGGAGCGAGUCCUGGCUGCCCUACAGCAUGCAGGUGAGCUAGGGCGACAGUGGGGUCAGAGGUCGGCUCAGUCGGCCGCUGCCACUAUGAACUACUGGUGGGAGAGGUACGAGGAGUUUGUCGGGCUCAACGAGGUCCGCGAGGCUCAGACCAACGUCACUGAGGCUGAGGCAGCGUUCAUGGUGGCCAGAGGGAUGGUGCGUGAGGCGCACGCCAGCCUGGAAGCCCUGCAGGUUAGGCUGAAGGAGGUCCGAGACCGGCUGGACCGGGUGUCCAGGGAGGAGGCUCACUACCUGGAACUGGCGACGCUUGAGCACAAACUGUUGCAGGAGGAGCGUCGCCACCGGACAGCGUAUGAGAGCGCCGAGGGUGCAGAGAGGGAGAAGUUCGCUUUGUUCUCCGCAGCCGUCAGGGCGAGCCACGAGAAGGAGAGGACGAGAGCGGAGCGGACCAAGAACUGGUCCGUCAUCGGCUCGGUGCUCGGAGCCCUGAUCGGAGUCAUGGGCUCGACGUACGUCAACCGCGUCCGCCUGCAGGAGCUGAAGACUCUGCUGCUGGAGGCCCAGAAAGGUCCAGAGAGUCUGCAGGAAGCUCUCCGAGUCCAGGCCGGAAACCAUCGCUCCCAGCAGGACGAGCUCCGGACUCUCAUCGACAGCCUCAGGGUCACCCUGAAGGACGCCUUCACACAGAGGAGUGAAGGCGUACUUCGAGGCCAGGGAAGUGGAACCCCAGACUUGCACAAUGGGUCUCUUUCAGCCUUAAAAGACCUCCACACCUUAAGCCAAAGGACCCAGUCCGUCCUAGAGUCCCUCCCGCCACAACUGGGACAACUGGAGCAAGGACUCGGUAGACUUGAGGGCAAAUUGUCGGUGGUGAAGGGGCUGCUGGACACAGCACCACAGGCUGGACCACAGGAGGAACCACAGGCGGAACCGCUGGCAGGUGAGCUGCAGUCAGCGAGAGCAGAGAGAGCGGAGCGGUGGGAAGCCGAGGCGGCGGCGGCAACAGUGGCGGCGGCGAGGCGUCUGGAGGACACUCAGAGGACGCUUGGAGAACGAAUAAGGACAAACACGCUUUAUAACGCCGUUUUUACCUACACGGCCACCGCCAUCACCAUCUCCGCUGUUUACCUGAUGCUUAGAGGAACCGGUUAGACACAACACCUCCAGUCUGAGGUAUCCAGUCGAUGCACUGUAACACUACCAAGCACUGGGAGUACAAAUCUAAAGGUAAUAAUAUGAAAAUAAAAGAAUUAUAAUCAUAAAUCAA